CCCCUAGCCCGUGCGGACCCUCAAAUUAAAAUGAAAAAGAAAUAAAAGGCCGGGGGUGGGGCAGAGGGGAGACAGGAGAGAGAGAGUAGGAGGGGGCGGAGAGAGGGAGAGCAGGAAAACAAAGGAAAGUGCAUCGCGGACUCGUUGGGAGGGUUUUUUUCUCUGGAGGGCUCGCUGGAUAGACGAGGGAGGGGAGAAGAAACUUAGAGGGAAAAAUUGUAAAUUUCUCCAACUCCUGGGGUGAGGCUCUCCUCCCCUUCUAGGUCUUUUCUUUCUCCUCUUCCGCGUGGCGUCGUGGCAGAAGAAGAAAGACCCUUGCAUCCUCAUCCUAGCCGUGCGUUGCCCUAGACUUGUAUCUCCAUCAAGCCGCCGUCCUCCUUCAGCGCCUUAAAUCCUCAUUUACCCUCUUCUCCAGUUCUCGCUUGGGAUAACCACAGAGGUCGCCCUCUCUACUCAAAAUGGGGUCUAUCCGGGAGGUAUUGAAAAUAAAGUUUGCAAUGGAGCAUGGUUCUUUGACUGACUUGACCUCAUCAACAUUUUCUUUAAUGGAUGAGGAUCACACAUUGGCAAAUUCUGUCAGAUUCACACUAAAUCAAGAUCCAAGGGUGGCAUUUUGUGGGUAUAGCAUCCCUCAUCCUUCAGAUAACAAGGUUAACAUAAGAAUCCAAACUACAGGUGAUACAGCCAAAGACGUACUGAAAGAUGCACUCCAGAAUUUGAUGGCGAUGUGCCAGCAUGUAAGGACUACAUUUGACAAGGCAGUAGAUGAUUAUGAAACGAAUCGACCUUCUGAACACAUGAAUAUUGAUACCCCUUGAAAUUAAAGGAUGAAAGAUGAAUUGCCAGCAUAAAAGAUAGCUAGAUUUCAUUAACUAGUGGUUGUGUUUGUUAAAGUUGGAGAAGACUCAGCUGUAGCUUCUAUGAUCCCAUGUUUGAUGGGAAUAUAGGAUACUUUGCUCUUUGAUGUUACCGCAAUGAUCUUGAUCCUGGCUACACCAAAUGUGAAUACUUUUUAUCCCAUUCACACAAGGGGAAUAUUCUAUAUUGUUGAUGAGCGAAUAUAAAUUCAACUUGUUUGGGACACUAGUAAAUUAAUAUUUUGUUAAACUUGCUA